UUGCUGUACAUUGUCCGUGUCUCAGCUCAGUCUGUGUCACGCGUUUUUCUCCCUCACAACUUAGUUUCGUCGCCAUGGCUGCAGUUACCGAGCUGGACGAUCAGGAGAUGCGGGAGGCGCAGAGGGAAUACCUUGAUUUCCUGGAUGAUGAGGAAGACCAAGGUAUAUACCAAAGCAAAGUGCGGGACAUGAUCAGCGAGAAUCAGUACCGUUUGAUUGUCAACAUUAAUGAUCUCCGGAGGAAAAAUGAGAAAAGAGCCAGCUUGCUCAUGAACAACGCCUUCGAGGGUCUUAUCGCAUUCCAACGAGCUCUAAAGGACUUUGUUGCCUCUAUUGAUGGCACCUAUGCCAAGCAAUAUGAAGACUUCUACAUUGGCCUGGAGGGAAGCUUCGGCUCCAAACAUGUGACUCCUCGCACCCUAACGUCCCGCUUCUUGAGUAGUGUUGUCUGCGUGGAAGGAAUAGUAACAAAGUGUUCUUUGGUCCGCCCAAAAGUGGUUCGGAGUGUCCAUUAUUGCCCUGCCACGAAGAAGACCAUAGAGAGGAAAUACACAGACCUGACCAGUUUAGAGGCAUUUCCUUCAAGUGCUGUCUAUCCUACAAAGGAUGAAGAGAAUAAUCCGCUUGAGACAGAGUAUGGCCUUUCUAUAUAUAAAGACCAUCAAACAAUUACAAUUCAGGAGAUGCCCGAAAAAGCACCAGCUGGCCAGCUGCCUCGGUCUGUAGACAUCAUUUUAGAUGAUGAUCUGGUGGACAAAGUAAAACCCGGAGACCGUGUCCAGGUUAUUGGCACAUACCGUUGUUUGCCAUCAAAACAAAAUGGCUACACUUCUGCCUCGUUCAGGACUAUACUGAUUGCAUGCAAUGUAAUCCAAAUGAGUAAAGAGGUGACUCCAGUCUUUUCAGCUGAUGACUUGGCCAAAAUUAAGAAAUUCAGCAAAAGCCAUAGCAAGGAUGUAUUUGAGCAGCUGUCUAGAUCUCUUGCUCCGAGUAUUCAUGGGCACAGUUACAUCAAGAAGGCAAUACUCUGCAUGCUCCUUGGAGGGGUUGAGAAAGUUUUGGACAACGGAACCCGUAUCAGAGGCGAUAUUAACGUGCUGUUAAUAGGGGACCCUUCUGUUGCAAAGUCCCAGCUCCUAAGAUACGUUCUGUUCACUGCCCCCCGUGCUAUUCCCACCACUGGUAGAGGAUCGUCUGGUGUGGGUUUAACGGCUGCAGUCACUACUGACCAGGAGACUGGUGAAAGAAGGCUGGAGGCUGGCGCCAUGGUGUUGGCAGACAGGGGAGUUGUGUGCAUUGAUGAGUUUGAUAAAAUGUCUGAUAUGGACCGCACAGCAAUCCAUGAAGUCAUGGAACAGGGUCGUGUGACCAUCGCUAAAGCUGGUAUUCAUGCCAGGUUAAAUGCCCGCUGCAGUGUGCUGGCUGCUGCCAAUCCAGUCUAUGGAAGGUAUGACCAGUAUAAAACUCCCAUGGAGAACAUUGGCCUGCAGGACUCUCUGUUGUCUCGUUUUGAUCUCCUCUUCAUUAUGCUGGAUCAGAUGGACCCAGAACACGACAGGGAGAUAUCUGACCAUGUUCUGCGCAUGCACCGAUAUAGAUCUGCUGGAGAGCAGGAUGGUGAUGCUUUGCCUCUGGGCAGUGCAGUGGAUAUCCUUGCCACUGAAGAUCCCAACGUUACCAGCGAGGAACAGCAGGAACUGCAGGUGUAUGAGAAACAUGAUAGUCUUCUCCAUGGGGUUAAGAAGAGACGGGAGAAAGUCCUCAGCAUGGAAUUUAUGCGAAAAUACAUCCAUGUAGCCAAAAUAUUCAAACCUGUGCUGACGCAAGAGGCUGCCAGUUUUAUUGCAGAGGAGUAUACACGCCUGCGGAAUCAAGAUCAGAUGAGCACAGAUGUUGCAAGGACCUCCCCUGUAACUGCACGUAGUUUGGAAACCCUAAUCCGUCUGUCCACAGCACAUGCAAAAGUGCGAAUGAGUAAGACUGUGCAACUACAGGAUGCCGAGGCUGCUUUGGAGCUUGUGCAGUAUGCAUACUUCAAGAAGGUACUGGAGAAAGAGAAGAAGCGGAGAAGGCGGGAGGGGGAGUCUGACACAGAGGAGGAGCAGACCCAGCCUGAUGGCGAAGGCAAGAAGAGAAGGAAGAAGCGUCGUGCACAAGACGGGGAGUCGCAUGAUCCCUAUGAGUUUAGUGAUACAGAAGAUGAAACUCCUGUCGUGCAUACACCUAAAACACCUGUGAAUGGGCAAGAAGAGAUGGAAACAGAUUCCUCUGCAAAACCUGGAUUGUCUGGUGAUAGGUUGAAAGCUUUUAAGUCUGCCCUGCUGGAUGCCUUUAAAGCUGCACAUGCUCAGUCCAUCGCCAUGGCGGCCAUGAUGGAGGCCAUUAACAAGAACAACGACUCUCCCUUCUCCCAGGCUGAGGUGAAGGCGGCUUUGGAACUUAUGGAAGAAGCCAACCACAUCAUGGUUUCCGAUAACAUUGUCUUCUUAAUCUGAAAUGGCAGCAAAAGACUUGGCCCGGGGAUCAGUUAUCACCGAAUCUAUCUGGAACCGGAGCAUUUGACACAGUUGACUUUUCAGACCUGCCUUUAAGCUCCGAGGUGCCCCUUAUUGCUUUUAAUGUUCUGCAUUUUAGGAACAGAUCUUAUACAUACAUUUUAUGUAUGUCUCUUUCACAAUGUAUAUAUUCUUCUUUUACACAAGUGUUUAAAUGUUGCAGUUACAUAUGGCAGAAUAAUGUCUGUAUAUGGGUUUUAUUGGGGACUGCUGAGAGCCACAAGUCAUAUCUGGCCUUUACUACACAAGUAGUAUUGAUUUUUAAGUUUUUUUUAUGGUUUUUACUUCUGUCUGAAGAGGUAUAAAUAUGGACUGUUUUAUCAGAGUUUCCGGUUUUAAUAGUUACAUUUUUCAUUGAUAAAUUGUAGGUAUUGUAGGAAUAUAUACAGAUUUUUUUUUAACUGCCAGUGAUUUGCAGCUGGUGCCUUCACAAAGCUUUGUGCAAUAAUGUCAUUUUUUUUAAAAAAAAUUAAGAUCUGGCUUUUGAACAAAAAGUGAAUAGAGCCGUCUGUACCUUCCGAAGAUCCUAAAUAAAACCCGUUGGGAACUA